CGUAUUUUAAACUGUCAAAUUUCCAAUGUUUUUAUUUGAAUCAUAUUUAAAUUCAUAAUAAUUCUUGAUUUAUUACACCAACCCUUCUUCUGGUGGUCUUCUUCAACCAUUCUUCUGGUGGUCAAUAAUACCUGAGAAAAUGAAUGAAUUAACAAGGAAGAUUAGCAAAAUCCAAGGAACUUUAUAUUUAUUAUAUUUAGGAUCUGAUGAAACUAUUUUCUGGCAAUUGAAAUGGAAUAUGUUGUUGAGAUGACAUUAUGAUAUUAUUAUAUCUGAAGGAAAUUGAAUCUGCAACAAAAAUGUAAAAUCAAGUAGUUAGUGCUCUGGUAUCCGACACUUCAUUUUUAUGACAUGUUAUUUUAUAAUGCUAUCAGAGUUUCUUUUUGCAACAUACUUGUAUAUUUUUAGUUAUAUGUACACUUAUUACUUGGCUACAUUUUCAUAUAGUCACCCACAUUAAAAGAGUAACAAAAUGAGCGUCAUAUUUCCACAUAUAUUUCGAACAGAACACAGUGAAACUCAUACAACGAAUGCUGAAUAUGGAGAUUAUUUCGUUUCAAGACAAAGAGGAAAAAUAUCUGUAGGCCCGGCGCUAGCAACUCUGAUGAAAUACGUUGAUUCUCAUGUUAAGAAUUUUCUUAGUGACCUUACAGAAGCCGUAGCAAUUAAAUCUGUUUCGGGUGAUAUUAGAUAUAGAAAUGACUUGAUAAGUAUGAUAAAAUGGACAGAGAAAUGGAUGAAGAGGUUGGAAUUUAAAUAUGAAUGUUUUUAUGUUGGCCUUCAUUCGCUUAAUGGACAAAAAGUUAAAAUACCACCUGUUAUAUUAGCGAGCCAUGGUAAUGACUCAAAGAAGAAAACAGUUUGUGUAUAUGGUUAUCUAGAUGUCAAACUACCAAAUUUAGAAGAAUGGAAGACCGAUCCAUGGACUCUUACCCAAGUGGAUAAAAGAUUUUAUGGUGCUGGAACAUCCUCAGGAAAAGGCAUUCUCCUAUGCUGGUUCCAUAUAAUUGAAGCUUUCAAGAAAAAAAACAUACCAUUACCUGUUAACAUAAAAUUUGUGAUUGAAUCUAUGAAUCACCAGAACAGUAUGGGACUACAAGAAUUUUUACAAACUAAAAAAUUGGAUUUCUUUUCUAAUGUUAAUUGCAUGGUUAGUUGCGAUGGAGAGUGGAUAGGUGAAAAGUAUCCUUGUAUAAUCUACGGAACCGUAGGACAUUUGGUUUUCGACAUACUGGCAGAACAGAAAGACAAUUCCGAUAUAAAGGCCGAUAUGGAAAAUCUAAUGAGUAAACUUUAUGAUCAAGAGAAUGAACGCAUUCUUAUUCCUACCUUUAAUGACUUUGUGAAACAAAUAACACCUGAUGAAGAAGGAGUUUAUGAAGCUAUCCAAGAAUUUGAUAUAGAAAAAAUUAGGCCCUCACUUCCACCAAAUAAACAAAAAUGGGAUAAGGUGAAACUUUUGAUGCAUUUUUGGCGACUACCGAAUAUGCAUAUCAGUAACGAUAUGGCUUGCUCCUGCGAGAAUCCAAAGAAAAUGAUUAAACGACAAGUCAUUGUUAAACUGGUACAAAGACAGGUAAUGGAUAAAGCCAUGGCUCUCUUCACAUCUUUUGUGGAAAAUAAAGUUUCUGAACUCGGCAUCAAAAGUAUAAUUACUUGUAAGGUGGUCAGUGAAAUUCGACACUGGGCGGAGAAUAUCAGAUCCUGGAAUUAUGAAGCUGCCAGAAAGGCUACAAUUCAAACUUAUAAGGAAGAACCUUCCUUCAUAAGGGAGGAUCGCCCAAUGACAUCAAUAAGUAAUCUGGACGGUACAUUGGAAAAGAACAUACUGGUUUUGCCACUUGUAGGAAAUGGGUCUAAUACAGGUGAAGCGAAUGAAAACAUUUCCUAUAGGAAUUUAUUCGAAGGAACGAAGUUACUAGCAGCUUAUUUGAUACAAUUAUCCGAGGUCAAGGAAAUUGAGAAACCGAAUAUUUGAAAUUUGAGGAAUAUUUGAAAUUUGAGUUCUUAUUAUAUGUAUCAAAAAGCCGAAAUUCUGU